ACUGUUAUAUCCAAGGCCAGCUACAAUGACCAUGGCGCUUUGUGCGUUUUCACAUUUACCUCGUGCUUUUUGUGACAGUUAAUGGCCACUCUAAAAGCAUCAAACAAAAAAUAAUAAUUACCUCUUAUAAUGGGAAUUUGUUUGUGUCUUCAAAGGAGUACGAAACAAAGUCAGAACGACGGGGGUUCGCAUUAUUACCUAGGUUCGACUCCAACGACCGCAAACAAUGCGGCAAAGUACCUUUGUCACCAAACGCUUGAAGUUACGAAUAAUGGAACUACUGCCGACAUUGCCCCAACGAACGUCAGCCAAGUGACACUGUACAACCUCGGUCCUAAAAAUUCUCUUGCCGUCUCGAGGAAUGUUGUGGCUGAUAUGCAUAUGACUUGUGUAGCUGCUCAGAAUAAUGCAAUUACGUCAGCAAUAUCUACCGUGUCUCCGGGGGGGAUCGGGGUUCAAGCGAGACCUUUGGUACAGGUCCGCGCCCUUUAUUCAUAUCAGGGCCACAACCAAGAUGACCUCUCGUUCCAGAAAGGAGAUAUAAUGUUUGUUGUAUCUGGUAUGUCUGAUGCAUGGUGGUUUGCGAGACAUUCCGACACUGGAAUGAGUGGAUACAUACCCAGUAACUACGUCUGUCUGAAUGAUGGACUUCCAACUAGCUUGGAUGCCUGGUAUGACAUAGGUCGACGUGAAGCUGAUCGAAAACUUUUGCUAGUGGGGAACCCCAAAGGAACAUACCUUAUUAGACCUAGUUCAGAAACCCAGAAUUAUGCACUCUCUGUUCGACAUUAUGACUCCGAAAAAAAUAUGUGGGUUGUAAAACACUAUCGCAUUCGGAUCCUUGAUAAUAACGGUGGCUUCUUUAUUAGUAUUCGCACGACCUUCCCGAAUAUUCAGGACCUCAUAAAUUAUUAUACAGUACACCCAGAUGGUUUAUGCUGUCGAUUGUCUAUCCCAUGCCCACGUGCAUAUCGUCCACCCGUGCAAUUUCGUGAUUUUGAAAUUAAUCGUGAUAGCAUAACAAGAAUCCGAAAGUUGGGUCAAGGUACAUUUGGAGAAGUCUAUUUAGCUAAAUGGAAUGGUUCAGUCGAAGUAGCAGUUAAAAUGAGACUCGAUCCUACAGAUCGUAGUCGAUUUAUUGAAGAAGCACGCCUUAUGCAUGCUUUUCAUCAUCCACGUAUUGUUCAACUUUUGGGCGUAUGUACUGAACCGGAAGACCAACCAGUUUAUAUUAUUACUGAAUUAAUGCGCAAAGGAGCUUUAUAUGAUUUUUUACGUACAGAAGAAGGACAUAAAUUGACUUUGGAUGAUUUAAUUGAUAUAAUGGCACAGAUUGCUAGUGGUAUGUCGUAUUUGGAAGAAAUGAAUUCUGUUCACCGAGAUUUACGUGCAGCUAAUAUCUUAGUGGAUCAAGAUUACUCAGUUAAAGUUUCAGAUUUCGGAUUGGCUAAAAUUAUUAGCGAUGAUUCUCAUGCUGAUCCAAAUACUAAAUUUCCUAUUAAGUGGACAGCUCCAGAGGCGGCUUUACAGCAUAUCUUUAGUAUAAAGUCUGAUGUAUGGUCGUUUGGUAUAUUGAUGUAUGAAAUAGUCACUUACGGUGGAACGCCUUAUCCAGGUUCAAAUACUAAUUUUCAUUGUUUAGAUAAUCCUUUCCCUCAUAUUAACAGUAACCUUCAUCAAACAGUCUCCCAAAGUGUGAGCAUAAUAAUUUGUACAAUGGUUGCUCAGUUAAAUCAAACUGAAUUACAAUGUUAACGUGAUAUGACAGGUAAUAAUUAAUGCUGAAAAUCAGGUCUCUUUAUUUGAUUGGAAUGACUACUCGUCAGACAGUAGCUGAGGUUGAAAAAGGUUAUCGAUUACCUUGUCCUCAUACUCCUGAACAUCCUUGUCCUGAUGACUUAUACAAUCUUAUGCGAAAAUGCUGGGACGCUAGACCAGAGAAUCGUCCUACAUUUCGUUCUUUGUAUGAUGUUUUUGAAAACUGGUCUACGCACACAGAAGCUCAAUAUCUAGAUAACUAGAAUCCAAUCUUCCUUUUUUCUUAAUAAUCAUUCCUAAUUCAUAUUAAUAUUUCACUACGUGUACAUCUCCGGUGAAGUAUUUUUCUUCCUGUGAAUUCUUGGUUUUUCUUUAUGUACAUAUUAAAUAUUCACUUUUUGUGGCCAGACUGUUCAACGUGUAUUGUACAUUCAUCUCUUUAUUGUUUUAUUAGCUACCUCUCUUGUCAUUGAUUUCUCCUACCUUUGUGUUUUCUAUCUACUGUUUUCUGGUUUUAAAAAAUGACACAGUAUCCUGUUGUCUACAAAUAUAUCCCGCGCCACUAAAUUUCUAUGUAAUACUGAUGUUUUGUGUCCCACAACUCUGUCGUACAUUUAUAUUUAUAUCCUUCCAGUAUUUUAAAAGUUAUACUGCUUUUGCUUUCGUAGGCAAAGAAAAUAGCAAUCGUAAUUUCCGAUGAAUACUUCCAAUUCGCAUAUAGAUUACUUUAUAGGCCUCUGCAUUUUCUCAAAAUCUACUCAUUUUAGCUAAGUUGUGUAUAUCAGUAACACUGCUAAUCGAUUUCGUUUUAUAUGUAUUCUAUAAUUGUUAUUCGGUUUUUGUAAAUUAUGUAUAUCGCAUUUUUAGUGUAACUUUUUUCUAAUCCUCUCAAUAUGCUUUUUUUUUCUAGACUACCUUUAAAUAAUUACAUUACCUAACGUUUUUGUUUUUGUGUGUACAAUAUGAAGAGUAAAGUUGGCAAACAAUUCCAGCACACAGCAAAGCUAAUUAUUAUAACAAUGUGCAUCCAGUUCUUUUCUUUCUUUUUCUAAUGCCUAGUGUAUAUCUGAUGUAACCUGAGAAGUAUCACUAUUCUACUGCUGUAAACAUCUUAUUACGAAUAUAUAUACACCUUUUUAGUUGGAAACAAACUAUUCAAUGUCAGUAUCACUCUACCGUCGUAGAAAUACCUGUAAAUUCUGUGUGUGUUCUAAUCCACUUAGUGCAAGCAGAAAGCAUAUUCAUGCGAUUGUCUAUAUCUAUUUUUAUCGCUCUCUCUCUCUACCAGUUAAUAUUCGAAUAAAUUAAUGUUUGAUUCAUUUUAUUUCACUUAGUGGCGUUUCUUUCUCAUAAGGGUGAUCUCACUACUGGUUGAAUUGGUUCUUGGAUGAGAUUCUUAAUGUCAAUAUGUGCACAUUGUUGAAUCUGUAUUCAUUACUCUGAUUGUUAUAUAAAUUAUGAAUCUAAAAGAUCCAACAUACAACAUUUUCGCUCUUAUUCUUGUUUCAUGCAUCCUUUUCUAAUUCUGCCACUGUUUAUUGCCUAUGAAUUGAUCAAUGUAUUUCAAUUGCGUAUAUUAUUCUUAGUCUUUCCUUUUAUCCAACCGAAAUGCAAUUUUCGUGUAUAUGAUUUGCGUUAUCUGUUCACAACAAUUAUAAAUAAAAUACAAUGUACUAAAUUCU